ACGGCUCCGAUUUCUCCAGAAGAGAGGACCGAAGUCAAAUUGCCGCUACUCACUCACUUCACUCGCUUUGGGUUUCGGCGACUGUUUUGUUGAGGGGCGGCCUCGCUCUGCGCGUGUUUGUGGGUUCUGCGCGUGUUUGCUUGGCGAGCAAGGUAUUCUCCAGAGCGACUCGCAGAAGGGAGGUUUUCUUGGCGAUUCCCUCUCUGUUUCUCGCCGCUGCAGCAGGCAAUUGUCUGCGGGUUCCUCUGCAGCGAUGGCGAUGACGCUCGCGGAGCAGGAGGGUGGUGAUGGCAGGAGGAGAAAGCGCAAGAGGGCGGACUCCAGGAGGAAGCUUGUCGCUGGUGAUAAAGUGGAGGUAAGGAGCGAGGAGGACGGCCUUCUGGGUUCUUGGCACUCAGCAACGGUCACUAGAUGUGACGAUCAAAUACGGGAGGUUCAGUACAAUCGUAUUUUAAAUGAUGAUGGCUCCGGUGAGCUCACCGAAGUUUUGCAUGUUUCGCCGCUCCUUGAUGGCCGAUACCCUGGUGAUGUUGACCAAAAAAGUUGUCGGGGUUAUAUAAGGCCUUCGCCUCCGGUUGUGGUAUUUGGUCCAUGGGACCUUCCUUAUGGGUGGUGCGUGGAUGUUUAUCACGAGAACGCUUGGUGGGAAGGAGUCGUAUUUGACAAUAAGGAUGGCUCAGAGAAAAGAAAUGUUUUCUUCCCAGAUUUAGGUGAUGAACAGUUUACCGCAAUCGGGGACAUACGCAUUACUCAGGAUUGGGAUGAGAGCACAUGCCAUUGGCGGAGUCGUGGCUUCUGGUCAUUUCUUCAGAUGACAAAAGCCCUUGAGGAAGAGUGGCCCCUCCCUGUUUCUGUGAAGCAAAUUUGGUAUGACUUGCGAGAGAAAUGGGGCCUUGACAGGACGAUCGAUUGGACUUCUCGUGAUGAAUCACUGUGGAAGAAGCUGGUGCUUGAAGUCAUUAAUGAAAAUCUUGAAAUAGUCUUAAGGGAUGUUUUACCCCUUUUGGACUCUGCAAGUGACCUAAUAGAAGAAGACUGUCCUGUUUUUGAGUUACCAGCAUUGGCUGUGAAUGUUGAAAUGCUUCCCAAGGGAGAUACGGAUGAUCCUCGUUCUAUCCUGCCUGUUGAUGAGCCAUCAGUUGUGGAAAGAGCUGAUCAAGACACUAAUUUGACCGACAUGGUAAAUCGCGUUGUAGAUGAUGUCGAUGAAACUGCUGCCAGAUUUCAUAGCUCAGGUUUCAGUGUUAAACCUGGUCAAGAGGUGCGUGAUCCGGAUAUAAUGGAUUCUUUCAUGGUACAUGGUGUGCCAAUCAUGAAUCCUUAUGAUGAACAAGAACUUUCUUGGGACAGCAAAGGGCCUUCUAUGUUACCUGAGGCUUUACCCCUGGCACCCUUUAAUCCAGAAAGGAAUUCUUGCAACAUUUCUCGAAUCACUGCUAAAGCUUCUUCUACAAUGAACUCCAACCAAAACUCUGACACUACAUCCGAUUCAACAGGCAGGAACUCCGGAAACUGGCUACCUCUUGGUCCUGAUUUGCUUCCAGGAGCUCAGUUCUGCCCUGAUGCUGUUGUUAAUUAUGUGAAGGUAGGAGGAAGACAUGCUACAGAUUCUCUGGUAAUGAAUGUUAGAAAACAUCUUUCAUCUUUGGGGUGGGAAAUGCAGUGCACGAGAAGAGGGGGUCCACUCAGAGUAAGAUACAUGUCUCCUCAUGGGAAAUGUUACUAUUCUCUUCUGCGAGUCUGCCAGGAUGUAAUGGAGAAGAAUGGAGAGUUUUUAUCACUUACAUCUGAAGAUGCUGACAAGAGCGUGGUUAGUUCACCUAUAGAUCUGGCAAUGUCUUUACCUUCACAAGAUCACAGCAGUUGUGGCCCUAAUUCUGCCAUCCCAUUUGAUGUUCAACCUAUCUACUGUCCUCAAGCUGUUGUUGACUACUACAUGCUUCAAUUACAGAAGGGAGGUCCCAGCUACCGUAGCAACGCUGCAUGUGAACUGAGAGUGAAGGUCAAGAUGCACCUCUUAGCAGUUGGAUGGACAUUCUGUCAGGUGUAUAAGGGAGGAAGGUUUCACAAGCAGUAUGUUUCACCCAGUGGAAGCCCUUAUUUUUCACUUCGAAUAGCCUGCAAACGUUGCAUGAACGAUAAUGUGCUGAAAACUGCAAAAACCAGCAACCAAAUGGACUGUGAGUCAUCGAGCAACAAACUUCCGUCUCUAGUUGGCAAUCUAGACAUUCAGAAAACCUCGGGAGAAAAACAUUUCGAUCGAAGAAAAAUCUAG